CACAGCUAGAUUUAAACAUUAACAAGGUUGACAAUUGAUUAAUGAAAGUGAUCUGACUGAGAGCGGCCUACACCGGGCAAUGCAGGCCGCUCUGUUACCUCCCCCUUACUUCAACCUCCUCUCCCACCCCUCCUUCCACCCCUACACUGAGCCUUGUGUUCUGCCGCCCCAUUAUCCGAUGGAAAAUGAAUGGCACAGAUGUUGUUGGACAAGACAGUACCCCUCGGUCCCCUUCCCCUCACUAUUCGCUCAGCAUGGGGUCUGAAACUUGUUUUUUGAUCAUUGUUUCGCCCCCUUCCCGACUUCUCUCUCCUCAGAAGAAAAAAGGGACCCCAAGAGGAGGAGGAGUAGGGAGACUCAGAGACGAAGAGCAGCCAAAGUGAAAAAAAAAAAAAAAAAAAAAAAGGGAGGGAAGAGGAGCUGAAGAAGAUGAAGCAAGUGUUUAACAAUCUCCAGCUAGCAAGUGGUGUAGGACAGGUCACAUGUUGAAAACCAGGGUAGGCUGAGGGUAUGGGUGACACUGCAGAGCCGCAGUGACGGGGUUGGGGUCUUGCAUCCAGGGAGCGACCGACGUGUGGAGCGAAGAUGCGGGUCAGCGCGUGGCUCCUCUUAGUGUCCUGGUUGUACACCUGCGCGGAGCACUCGCAGCGGUGCGCGUGCCACGACGUCUGUCCAGAAGGGCCGGGAUCGGACGUAAGGUCAAAGACCCGGGUCAAGGAGCACGUUCGUCACAGCGUGGGACGCCACCACACGCCUCACAGGAACAGGCCGCACCGCAGGAAAGGUCCCAAGGUUCGCGCGGACGAGGUGCUGCCCCGCAUCGUCCACCACCCCUCCGACGUGGUCGUUAAAACGGGCAGCCCCGCCACGCUCUCCUGCCGGGCGGACGGCAGCCCGAAGCCCACCAUCGAGUGGCUGCGCAACGGCCAGCCCCUGGACGCGACGAAGGGAGACGGCCAGCUGCAGCCCAUGGUUUUGCCCGAGGGGAGCAUCUUCUUUCUGAGCGUCGGAGGUGGCAGGCGGGGUCAGUCCCACGAGGGCGUCUACGCCUGCGUGGCCAGGAACAGCGCGGGCACGGCCGUCAGCCGUAACGCCUCGCUGUACAUCGCAGUGUUGCAGGACGAGUUCAGCGUGCAACCCAGCGACGUGGAGGUGGCGGAGGGGGAGGUUGCUGUCUUAAACUGCUCCCCCCCAGUGGGACACCCAGAGCCUAAUGUGAUCUGGAAGAAGGACGGCCUGCCUAUCAACAACACUGACCAUCACUACACCGAGCUGAGUGGGAAGCUCAUCAUCGCUCCUGCCGAGAAGAACCACUCCGGUGCUUAUGUGUGUGUGGCCACCAACACCGUGGGGGUGAGAGAGAGCAGGGCAGCUCGCCUCUCUGUGCUGGCCAAGCCCGUGUUGGUACUGAAGCCAGAAAAUGUGUCGGUGAGAACAGGGGAGUCUGCCCAGUUCUACUGCCAAGCUAAGGGUGACCCUCCACCUGCUGUGGUCUGGAGCCGAGAGCAGGGGCCGCUGCCCAAUGGCAGGUAUUUGGUAAACCCAGACCAGACUCUCCAGAUCCAUUAUGUUACGGCCCUUGAUGCUGGGAAGUACACCUGCACUGCUGUCAAUGAUGUAGGCAUGGUCACUGCCAGUGCACAGCUUCUAGUCGAAGAAGCUGCCAGCACUAAGCAGAAAGACUUCCACAAAGAGCUGUCAGCUCUGAGAGUGACUCUGGAGAACGUCAGCAUCAUGGCCCCGGGAUCUAACAUAUCUCUAGUACAAUGGAAGCUCCAGUCCCUGCCUGCCCAGCCUCAUUACCUCGAUGGCUUUGAGGUUCUGUACCGCUCUCUGCUGCCUGCCAGCUCAGACUGGGCAGCAAAGAAAGUGACAAUGCCCGGCUUCCAGGCUCAGGUGGGCCCCUUAAAGAGAGGCUACAAGUACGAGUUUAAGGUUCGACCCUAUGGCAGCAGCUUGUACGGCAGGGAGAGCAACACCCGGCACCUCAGAGUCCCUGAGACAGUGCCUAGUGCGUCUCCAGUGGCUGUGUCCAUAACAGUGAGCCAUGAGCAGAACAACACCAUCCAUUUGAACUGGGAGCCUCCUCCUCAUGAAACUCACAAUGGAAUCAUACAGGGAUACCAGGUGUGGUGUGUGGACUCUGAGGAGCAGCAGUACCAAAACUGGACAGUGGAUAGUGGGCAACACACCCUUGAAGUCUCUACUCUGAAACAAGGGAAACGAUAUUGGAUCACGAUAGCAGCAGUAAAUGGGGCUGGAGUGGGCGUGAUGACCGACCCUCGUGCAUUUGUCACCGACCCACAGUCAGGUGCUUCGCCGGAGUUGGACAGCCAGAGGCGAGACCUGUCUCGCGUCAUGGCCCUGGUUCAGGACCCAGUGUUGAUCGGCAGCAUUGGCGCCCUCUUGUGGUGUAUUCUGAUGGUUGCAGUUGUCUGCCUCUUCAGACGUCACAGGACAGGCCACCUUAUACCAGGACACUGCAAAGCUAAAGGUCUGCGCAGACUAGCCAGUGAAGAUCUCAUCAUAAAACACAGGAUGGCAGCUCCAGAUUCACCGUGGAUGUCUGGAUCCUGGAGACCUGCUUUCAGCCAGAAGUACCAGGACUUGUGGGCCCAAGGACAGAAGCAUCCAGGCAUCAGGAGCACCAGCCUCCCAGUCUCAUCCCAGAAGGAUAACAGCCGUCUGGACUCAUCCGUCCCUAUUGUGACUGACAGCUGCGGUGUUUAUGGCACUUUUUAUGUGGACCUGAUGAGUAACGGCCUCAAGACCUUCAACAGUCCUGGCCGUUGCUCUAAAAUGCCUCACGGUUUGCCCCACCAUCAAGGAGCUGAAACCAUCCAGAUAUUCCCCCAGCCCGCCUCCAAGUCCUCGCCCAUCAGCGGCCGGGAGGCUCUGCCCUGGAAGCAGGCCAUACGACCCCAGCCCAAGAUGGGAGUGCUGAGGGAAUCGUGGGAAAAGAACCACGGCAAGCAAGAGUUGCACGCAGUGAAAAGCGUCCCUAUACUGUCAACCAGAAACCAGGCGUGUCCCUCCGGUGUCUACAAGCAGAGACUGAGUCAUAUGCCCGCAGGCCAGCAUGGUGGGCUCGCAGACUGUGGUAAAGCCGCCCGUUGUCCUCGUCUGCUGCAUUACUCUGCAUCGCUGCACCUCGUGGACAUGCUGCCUCCCCCGCCGCCCAUGCCCACAGACGACACCACAGACACGCACAGCCUCACCUCAGAUGAGGGGUCCAGUCGUUCCACAAAGCUAACGGUGGACAUGGGCUCUCUCCAGUCGGUGUGUCCUGCUUCCGCCCACCGUGGACAAGGACCGACCAACAACGGCAGCUGCCCGUCCUAUAGCCAACUGUCUACUGCAUCUUAUUCGCUGUCAAUGGACACCGAACAGGAUGGCACGCUGACACCACAGGAAGCCACUGAAUACCUGGAGCUCAGUCCUAAACCAGAGAGAUGCAGCAGCGCCCUGCCUGUCCAGCGGCCCUCCCCCCUCUUCUCCCCUUCCCUGGCGUACGCCUGCAGGCCAGUGGGCUCCGCUCACCCGGACGAGGACGACGGCGCCGCAGACGAACCCGGGCCGCCGCCGGUCGGCCUGCGUCGCGCCCGCAUACAGAGCUCCCCUUCCUCCUGCUACAGCGAUUGGGACAGCUCACUGUGGAACACUUGGAGCUCGGUCAUGGACAGCAGCGCCCGCACCAGUCUCAUCAGCUCAGUGGACAGCUGUUACACUAAUGACAGCACCAACUUUGUCCGCCUGCUGGCUGCAGCCGCCGAGAGCAUGAGCGGGGCCUCUUUGUCAGACUUUUCCCCGCCGGCCUCCCCCCUCAGCGCCUUGUACCCGUCGUUCUGUGCAGAAGGAGACUCCUUCAGGGAGCUGGAGCCCGUUCCGGGGUGGGAUUGGAGCAUGGCCUGGAUGGAAGACAUGGAGGCUCAGUACAGAGUGCACUACCCUGACAGGAACAGCAGACCCUUUGAUUCUUAGGGGCUGAGGCUUAGACAGUAACAGAAACAACACGACUGAACUUUAAGAGCUUCGGAAACGCAAGAGCUGCAGAGCAGACAACAGGGAUCCUGCAGCUGCUAUUGAUUCACACGUACAGUGUCAGGGAAAAGUUUUGAGGAUUAAAUAAUUCAGCGUCGGAGGAUUUUCCGGUUGUGAAUUCACCGAUCAGCCACAACAUUAAAACCACUGACAGGAGAAGUGAAUAACAUUGACCGUCUUGUGACUAUUCAGUGUUCUGCUGGGAAACUUUUGGACCUGGCAUUCAUUCAUUCAUGUGGAUGUUACAUGUAUCACCCACCUAGACCAGACCAGGCACCCCCACCACAUAGCAGUGACAUUCCUGGAUGGCAAUAACCACCCCCAGCAGGAUGCAGAAAAAACUAAACUAAAAAAUAUGACCUGGCCUCCAAAUUCACUAGAUCCCAAACUGAUCAAGUAUCUAUGUGAUGAUCCACAGAGGCCCCUCCCCUCAACCCAUAGCACCCA